AUGAAGUUCACUCACUUAUUGAGCGCAUUGGUGUUUGCAGGCUGGGCUUUUGCAGAACAAAAAGUUCAUAGUUAUAACUGGACAGCUCAAUGGGGUAAGGAAAAUCCAGAUGGACUUUACGAACGUGAAGUAGUUACAUGUAACGGCGACUAUCCAUGGCCUGGUAUCAAUGUAAAGAAAGGAGAUCGUAUUAUCAUCAGUUUGACCAAUCACUUAGAAAACCAGAACACUUCUUUGCACUUCCACGGUUUGUUCCAGAACGGAACCAACGAGUACGAUGGUGUUCCUCUGAUGACGCAAUGUGAGAUUCCCCCUAACGAGACUAUGGUGUAUAACUUCACUGUUCCGGAUCAAGCUGGUACCUAUUGGUAUCAUUCACAUUCUUCUGGUCAAUAUAUGGACGGUAUGCGUGGUUCCUUUGUUAUUGAGGAUACCGAAGAUAUGCCAUUUGAUUAUGAUGAAGAAGUUGUCGUUAGUGUUUCUGACUGGUACCACAAAACUGUUUCUGAGCUUACUCCUGCUUUCAUGAGUCUCUACAACCCAACUGGAGCAGAGCCUAUUCCUCAGACACUUCUUUUCAACGAGACAUUCAAUGGUGUUUGGAACGUUAAGCCUGAUACCACCUACUUUUUGCGUAUCGUCAAUACUGGAGGUUUCCUUUCACAGUAUCUUUGGAUGGAGGACCAUACAUUCACUGUGGUGGCAGUUGAUGGUGUUUAUGUGGAGCCAAACGAAACAGAGAUCAUCUAUAUCACUGCUGCUCAGAGAUAUGACGUUUUGAUUCAUACAAAGAACGAUACCUCGAAGAAUUAUGCAUUCAUGCAGAAGAUGGACGAAGAUAUGUUGGAUACUUUAACCGGUGUGGCUUUUAUAAACUCCACCGAUGCUAUCGUUUACAAUAAGAGUGCUCCAUUGCCCGAGGAAUACAUUUCUGAUAAUUAUGACACCGACUUCUUGAACGAUUUCUACUUGGUUCCAGUUGAACCGGAAGAAUUGUACGAGGACUAUGAUUACCAGAUCAAAAUUGACGUUGUUAUGGACAACUUAGGAAAUGGUAUGAACUAUGCCUUUUUCAAUAACAUCUCUUACGUUGCUCCUAAGGUUCCUACAUUGGGUACUGUUCUUUCUGCUGAUAAAUAUGCUACCAAUAGUUUGGUUUAUGGUGAAAGUACCCAUCCAAUUGUUCUUCAAAAGGACGAAAUUGUUGAAAUUGUUCUCAAUAAUAAUGAUACCGGUAAGCAUCCUUUCCAUCUUCAUGGUCACGUAUUCCAGGUGGUUGAGAGAGGUCCAAGUUACUUGGAUGAGGAUGAACCUGUUCCUUAUAACGAAAGUGCUCCUUAUGAUGCUCCAGAGUAUCCAAUGAGAAGAGAUACUUUUUAUGUUAAUCCACAGUCCUAUUUCGUGCUCAGAUUUAAGGCCAAUAACCCUGGUGUUUGGUUCUUCCAUUGCCAUAUUGAUUGGCAUUUGAUUCAAGGUUUGGGUUUGACGAUUAUUGAGGAUCCAGAGUCCAUUCAGGCUCAGCAGUCUCUUUCUGAUAACUGGAAGGAUGUCUGUUCAGCUGCUGGAACUCCUUACAUUGGUAAUGCUGCUAAUAAUACCGAGAAUUACCUCAACUUGAAGAACCAAAACGUCCAAGUUAAGAACCUUCCUUCUGGUUUUACUGCCAGAGGCAUUGUUGCUCUCGUCUUCUCUUGUAUUGCUGGUAUUCUCGGUUGUGUUGUCAUUUGUGUUUAUGGUAUGGCUCAAAUCCCUGACAUGGAGAAGAAGAUCUUCGAUAACUUGACUGCUGAUGAACAAGUUUUGUUCUUGGAGGAGCACGACGAUGAUGCUGAUGAUGAUACCGAAGUCGGUGGAGCCAAUGGGGCCAGUGGGGCCAGUGGAGUCAAUGGAGCCAAUGUCGCCAAUGUCACUAGUGCCACUACUGCUGAGAAGGACGCCGAGGUAGAAGAAAAUUCAAAGGAGGGCUCAUCUUCUGACAAGAACUGA